CGGCGGACCUGGCUCCCGCGCCGCGGCCCUAGGCGGCCUCUCGCCAUGGCCAAGUGGCUGAACAAGUACUUCAGCUUGGGCAACAGCAAGACCAAGAGCCCCCCGCAGCCGCCGCGGCCCGACUACCGCGAGCAGAGGCGCCGGGGCGAGCGGCCCUCGCAGCCCCCCCAGGCCGUGCCGCAGGCCCCCGCAGCCGCCUCGGCUUCCUGCGGUCCGGCCGCUGCCUCCUGUUUCUCGGCCUUGUCGGGAUCGCUGCCCGACGACAGCGGCAGCACAAGCGACCUGAUCCGCGCCUACCGCGCACAGAAGGAGCGCGACUUCGAGGACCCCUACAACGGGCCCGGCUCGUCGCUGCGCAAACUGCGCGCUAUGUGCCGCCUAGACUACUGCGGCGGCGGCGGGGAGCCGGGCGGAGGCCAGCGCGCCUUCUCCGCCUCGUCCGCGUCGGGCGCCGCGGGCUGCUGCUGCGCCUCUGGCGCGGGCGCCGCCGCAUCCUCGUCUUCGUCCUCCGGCUCCCCGCACCUCUACCGAAGCAGCAGCGAGAGGCGCCCAGCCACGCCGGCCGAGGUGCGUUACAUCUCCCCCAAGCACCGCCUCAUCAAGGUGGAGAGCGCCGCGGGCAGUGCCGGCGAUUCCCCGGGGGGCGCCUGCUUGGGCGGCCGCACCUGGAGCCCGACAGCCUGCGGAAGCAAAAAACUGCUCAACAAGUGUGCUGCCUCGGCCGCGGAGGAGAGCGGGUCCGGCAAGAAGGACAAGGUGAUUAUUGCUGAUGACUACUCGGAUCCCUUUGAUGCCAAGAAUGAUCUCAAGAGCAAAGCGGGAAAGGGGGAGAGUGCUGGCUACAUGGAGCCCUACGAGGCCCAGAGGAUCAUGACAGAAUUUCAGAGGCAGGAAAGUGUCCGGUCCCAGCACAAAGGCAUCCAGUUAUAUGACACCCCUUACGAACCCGAGGGCCAGAGCGUCGACUCGGACUCAGAGAGCGCAGUCAGCCCCCGACUGCGGGAGAGCAAGCUGCCUCAGGAUGACGACAGGCCCGCUGAUGAGUAUGACCAGCCGUGGGAGUGGAACCGGGUCACCAUCCCAGCUCUGGCCGCCCAGUUUAACGGCAACGAGAAACGGCAGUCAUCACCCUCGCCUUCCCGGGACCGGCGGCGCCAGCUUCGAGCUCCCGGCGGGGGCUUCAAGCCCAUCAAACACGGGAGCCCCGAGUUCUGUGGGAUCCUGGGAGAAAGAGUGGACCCUGCUGUCCCGCUGGAGAAGCAAAUAUGGUAUCAUGGAGCCAUCAGCAGAGGAGACGCCGAGAACCUGCUGCGACUCUGCAAGGAGUGCAGCUACCUUGUCCGGAACAGCCAGACCAGCAAGCACGACUACUCUCUGUCCCUGAAGAGCAACCAGGGCUUUAUGCACAUGAAACUGGCCAAAACCAAAGAGAAAUACAUUCUGGGUCAGAACAGCCCCCCGUUCGACAGCGUCCCAGAAGUCAUCCACUACUACACCACCAGAAAGCUGCCUAUCAAAGGGGCUGAGCACCUGUCCCUCCUCUACCCUGUGGCUGUGCGGACCCUGUGAGCGGACCAGCCAUGCCCUGCUCUGAGACGGGGCCCAGACUUGGAGGAGCCGGAGCCCCCCGCCGACCAGCCCGGCUGCUGUUGCCAGCCGUGUCCAGUUCGUGUCAUGUGUAUGGUACUAGCACACCACUGCAUGUCUCUAGAAUGCUGUUGCCACUAUGCGGGGGCUGGAAAAGGCCUAGAUAAAGACAGAGGGAUGGCCAACAAGCCACGCCAGCCCCCACCCCACCCCCUCCUUGAGUUUCUGUGAAUUAAAAUAUUUGCAAAUCCAAAGAGAUGCCUUCCAGGAUGAACAAAGGAGAGCAGCUCCGAGGGGCGGGGCGGGAACUCCCUGGGUUGCAGCUCUUUGUUCUCCAGCCGUCACAAAUUCACACCUGUGUGUGGGGCGCAGUUUUCCCACCAGGGCCUCACUGGUGCUGGGAGCCAAAUGCGGGCGCUUGGAGAGCCCCCAAGGCCCCUGGAGGCCCACC